GGCGGUUCGGCUUAAAGAAAACGCGGAGAAUUCAGCAAAGUCCAUGCCCAAUGAGUUACUGGUGUUGGUGCUUAAUUGAAUGAAAACGCCUUAAAGAAAAGCAAAAGUGCUUUCGAAAGUGAAGUGAAUUAAAUUAAAAUAAAGCCACAUCGCGUCAGAAAAUAUUGCCCUAAAGAAGUAACAGUUUUGUUAUUUCAACAGAAUAAAAAGUGAACCAGCAUUUAAUUUAUCAUUACUCAGAUUUAUCGGAUUAAUAGUGAGUCAAAAGGAGUAUCUGUCGGAUUAAUUUGUGAUUGAUUAUGUGCCCAGUUGGCUACAACCAACCCGCUCGACCCACCAAGCCUAUGGUUUAGCCGAUUGUUAAGAUGUUGCUGCCCAUUUUCCUGCUACUCUGUAUUGCCACCAGUUUGAUCAAAGCCGAAAGUUGUCCUCCCUCGCAGGCUAUUUUACCCUGUCGCUGUUCGCUGAGAGGAAAGGAAAUCCAGAUAUGGUGCUCGCACAGCAACCUGCCGCAGAUCAUGGACGGCCUGAAGGCCGUGGAGCGGAACAUCAAGGGGCGAAUCGAUGAGCUGGUGCUGGAAAACAACCAGUUGCCAGCGCUACCAGGACGCUUCUUCGGCAGCCUGCAGAUCGUGCGCCUGAUGCUGCGUCACAACAGCAUUGAAAGGGUGUCCAACGGGUGGCUCAAUGAGCUGGAGAACGGCCUGGUGGAGAUCUUCUUGGUGGAGCCCCAACUACGCAGUAUUCCGGCAGAGAGUCUGAACGGGAUGAUCAACAUGCUGGCCAUCACCAUCCAGAGUGAUGAGCUGAAACACCUGCCGGAUUUCUCGGGGCUGCUUAGUCUCACCUACCUGAGUGUCCAGACGAGUGCUCUCCAGGAGCUACCUUCCCAUCUUUUUAGACACCUUCCCAAGUUGCAGCACAUCCACAUAACCGGAGGUGGAGGACUCACCCGCUUGGAGGCGGGUCUCUUUGAUGGCUUGAUCUCCCUCAAGAACCUGGAUCUAUCGCACAACGGCCUCAACUGGAUUCACUUGCGUGCCUUGUCCAGAUUGCCCAACUUGGUUAGCUUAAAGCUUUCCUAUAACCAAAUAAGUGACGUGGGCAUGGUGGGUCGCAUUGUUAAGGAUCUGGAGCAUCUGAAGAAACUGCGACUGGACCAUAACCUCAUCACUGUCAUAGAAGAUGGCUCUUUUGUGGAUCUACCUAAUCUUUCAGAGCUUCACUUAAACGAUAAUAGGAUCACGGAACUGCAGUACGGAGCCUUUCUAGGCACUCCUCAAUUGAAAACGAUCUAUUUGCAGAACAAUCUAAUCCGGCGGAUUCAUCCGGAAUCCUUGCUGCAAGCGAGUGGCAGUGGUGUGGAGGCUGUGCACAUUUACAACAAUGAGAUCGGUCAUGUGGAGGUUUUGAGGGCUUUGCUGGAUGCACUACCCACCCUUCGCUAUCUGGACAUGAGUGGUAAUCUGCUGAGUGAGCUACCCUAUGGAGCUCUUCGUGGUCAUGGCACUCUGGAGCAACUUCAUCUGAAUCACAACCAACUGGGGCUCAUUGAAAGGGAUGCUUUGAUGGCCAUGCCAGCUUUAAGGGAACUGCGAAUGAGAAAUAACAGCCUGUCUUCGGAAUUACCUUUGCCAUUUUGGAAUCUACCUGGCCUAAAGGGCCUUGAUCUGGCGCAGAACCAGUUUGGCAGGGUGGAUUCCCAGUUGCUGGCGGGACUUCCUUCUUUAAGACGUCUAGAUCUCAGCGAGAAUGGUCUAACCGAAGUAGCGCCCAAUAGUUUUCGUCACAAUCCCCUCCUCGAAACGCUCAAUAUAUCCUCUAAUGAGCUGACCAAAAUCCACUCUUCGACCCUCAUUCAUUUGGAGAGGCUUUUUGAAGUGGAUGCCAGCUACAAUCAGUUGAAAACGAUGAUCGCAGGACUUCCAAGGAUUGUGGAGCGUAUCUCGCUGAAGGGUAACCACAUCGCAUCACUACCAGCAGCUGCCAGCAAGGAUCUGCAGUUGCCCAAUUUGAGGAUGCUGGAUCUUAGUCAAAACCGAAUAGAACAACUGCCCAGGCAUGGUUUUCAGGGGGCAUCGGAGCUGAGGGUCUUGAGUCUGGCUCAAAAUGAGUUGCGUCAGUUGGAGGACACGUCAUUUUUAGGAAUUCAACGUCUGGAGUUACUGCAUUUGCAAGAAAAUCAGCUGGGUGAAGCGGAUGAGCGGGCUUUGUUACCCCUCGCAGAAUUGCGGAAUCUUAACCUUCAAUCCAACAAACUGGAGGCCAUCACGGACAAUUUCUUCUCUAACAACAGCAGGCUUGAGCAGCUGGAUCUGUCUAGGAAUCUAAUACGCAGCAUCUCCCCCACGGCUUUUGAUACCCAGAGAUCUCUCGAGUAUCUGGAUCUUUCGGGCAAUGCCCUGCUAGAUAUUUCCGUUGGAUUGGGGAAUCUGAACAAUCUGAGGGACAUUGAUCUUAGCUAUAAUCAGAUCUCCCGUGUUCAAUCCGAUGUGAUUGGUGGAUGGCGAAAUGUAGUGGAGAUCCGUUUGUCCAAUAAUCUCAUUGUAGAACUCCAGCAGGGUACCUUCCGGAACCUACCUAAGUUGCAAUAUCUCGAUCUUAGCAGCAAUGAGAUCCGUAAUGUGGAGCCGGGAGCUCUAAAGGGACUCGAUGAACUGCAGGAGUUCGUCCUGGCCGACAAUAAGUUGGUGGAGCUGAAGGAUCACGUCUUUGAGGAGCUACCUAGCUUGUUGGCCUCCCACUUUCAGUACAACAAGCUGCGCUACAUAUCUCCAGAAAGUUUUCACAACGCCAACUCUCUGGUGUUCCUGAAUCUGUCCAAUAAUCAUUUUAGGAAUAUGGAGAAUAUUGGUCUUCGGAGCAUGCGUAAUCUGGAGGUUUUGGAUCUGUCUACCAAUGGUGUCAAAUUGGUUUCCACGAUGCCCCUGAAGGCGCUUAACUGGCUGGUGGAGCUCAAAAUGGACAACAAUAAAAUAUGUCGUAUUCAGGGAGCUCCAUUUGAGACGAUGCCACGUUUAAGAGUCCUUUCCAUGCGAAACAACCAACUUAGGAGCAUAAAAGAGCGAACAUUCCGAAAUGUGCGGGGAAACAUAGCCAUUUUGGAUGUGGAUGGCAAUCCAAUUGACUGCAAUUGCGAGAUGCAGUGGCUCUCGGUGUGGCUGCAGGAAACUAACUUCCCGUAUCCGGGACCCAAGUGCCAGGAUGGACGCCUCCUGAGAGCGGCCCGCAUGGAGAGGAGUCUUUGCGUUGGUCCGGAUAUCUAUGGAAACGAGCGGACCGAUGGAAAUCAGUUGCCACUGCUUAACGAGCACGGUGAUGUCUUUCAGCGGGAUUUGCCCGACGAUUUCAACGACGAGUGCGAGGCGAACGAGGGUACCAGACAACCCGGAGAUCGACCUCUUGUGGGGGAGAGUGAGUACUUCUACGAUCAGUAUGUGGACGCCACUGAGGCACCAGAUACCACCAACUCCGUGAUCAGUACUUCACAGCGUCCCAAGCCGAUUCCCACGCUAAACAGCAACAUAGAUCUGAAUAAUACAGUACUCCAUACGAAAUACUUUAAUCGAAGACCGCAGCCGGGAUCUGGAUCACCCUUCACUUUCUUCGGAUAUCCCCUGCCCAGUGUGAGCUUGGGUCGCUUUUUCGGUUUCGGGGAUCGAGGGCGAAAGCAGCGCACAGAUGGUAUCGAUGAGAUGCCCGCUACCCAUCGGAUGGCCCACAUUAGCCUGCCUAGUGGACGUGGAAAAACGAGAAUGUAUCAACCCAAUAGCGCCGAAUUCGAGAAGUAUCUGAAGGAUCAGCAGCAACAGGAGAAACAAAAUAUAGCCAGGAAUCGUUAUGUAGACACUGAGUCCACUACUUCAUCCGUGGAGGAUGCCCUGAGUAAUGAGAGUGGGAGUGCUGCCACCACAGUGGGUGUCUUCCGCACCACCUUUCGUGAGCCAUCGAGCAUCGAACGCGGUGGUUUCCGUCCCAUCGUUCCAGCCCAUGUCGGUGGUUUUAUGCCUGUGCAUGAUCCUCAGCAGCGACGUGGCUUGGUGGAGGCGGUGAAUGUCACAGGAAAACCACCGGAGAUGGUCCAAGGCAAAGGUGAGAGGAAGUUUAUUCCCAUCUCAGUUCAGGCGAGACCUAAGCCCACCAGAAGUAGUGGUGAAAGUUCAGAGACAGCUACAUAUGAUGUCACAGAAACCACUGCCGAUGUGACGACCACAACGCCUCUGAUGCAGAAAAUAACCACCAGUACAACCCGAGCAUCUACAACGACGACGACUAGAAGAACCACGACCACUACAACCACUAGUAGUACCCAGGUCCCUACUUUAAAUGAUGCCUCAUCGAGUAGUGAACAGGAGCAGGAGUCGCAGUACGAUGACGACGAUUUGGAGGCACAACCUGUAACUCUGCUUAGGCCUCCUCCUCUGGUGCAGACAACCACGGCGGAGACGAUCCUGUUGAUUCCUCCGGCUGAAGAGCAUGUGGCGCAGAUCAAAAGCCGCUCCUGGAUGACCACCACGACGCCUCAGAGUCCGAGUGACUAUCAAGUAACUCCUGCCCGUCCGACAAGCACAGUGCCUACAGUCCCACCACAGCCUCCUCCUUCUCCACCAUUACGAGGUGGAGGACGGUCCACCAUCACUAAGGUGUACACGCCCUAUCAGCAGCAGGUGGCUCAGCCGACCGCGGAGGAGUACCAGCGCACCACGCCCAGUGCGGAUAACGAGGGCGUGGCCAGCGAGCAUCAGCUGAUGGCGAAUGCCCAGAAGCGCACGGAGCUGGAACUUCUUCAGGUGGAUCGAUUGGAUCGCAAGGACGGGAUGGAUUGGUACUACGAGAGCUUCAAGAAGAAACGCGACUUCAACGGCGGUGCUGCUGUGCGGAAAACAGCCCAUAAGGAGGUGUACUACGAUGGCAUAGGUGCUUCGUCCAGUUGGAAUCGAUUGGGCAAGAAGGAGAUCCUGUUUCUGAGCUUGUUAUUGUUGUGGGGAACGUGUUGA